CUCGACAUCGGCCACGUAGUCGCCGCCCCCGCCGUCCACGUCGCUCCUGUCGUCCACGCAUUACCAGUGGUGCACGCCGUCCCCGUUCACCACGAGGAACCUCACCACCACCCCAAGUAUGCUUUCAAGUACGGAGUUGAGGAUCAUCACACUGGCGAUAUUAAGCAGCAGGAAGAGACCAGGGAUGGGGAUGUCGUCAAGGGUUCCUACUCCCUUCAUGAACCCGACGGUACCGUCUUGACUGUCCACUACACCGCUGAUAAGCACAGCGGGUUCAAUGCGGUGGUUCAGAGACACGGACAUGCGGCUCAUCCCCAGCACGUGCAGCAUGUGGUGGCGGUACCCGUCCAUCAUUAG